CCACUCCACAAAGUCUCACCUCCCCUCUCGCCGCCACCGUCCCAAUCUGCCAACACCAAGCGUGGGGCCGUGAUUGGCCGUCCGCAUCGCACGAUAUCGCCAGCCGUAAACAAACUCCCAUCACCACUCGACCAUCCCCCUCCCCUCCUUCAUCUGCAUGUCUGCGCCCCCGCACACUCCAAAUACGCGCAGCCCGGGGCCCACACCCAUCGCGGCGGCGUACGCGUCUCCCGCCAGCCCGCCGUCUUCGCGCGACCCCCCUUCCCCACGCGACGCGCGCGACGCGCUCGCGCCAGCGCCAACUCCAACAAGCCCUGUGCCAGCACCAACAACCGUGCCAGCACCCACACCAACCAGUCCCGUGCCGACAAGCCCGGGCAUGACGCCGGGGCGCACGCCGACCUCGCCCGCGCUCAGCGCGCAAGCGCUCGCACGACAGCCCGCGUCGCCGGGCGAGAAGCAUACCCUGCCCGCGUGGCUGUGGCAUACGACGCACACCACGUCGUAUACGUCCGACCGGGCGGGGACGCGGCGUCGCGACGUGCGCGAGCGCCGCUUGUUCGGGAUGGUGGUGUCGGCGCAUGCGCAGGAGGAGAGCUUGGAUGGGCUGGAGGGGGAGCGGAGAGGGGACGGUGAAGUGCAGGCUGUGCAGGCGCAGACGGAGCAGGUGGAGGAGAGGCGGAGGCGAGAGGAGACGGGCAGCUAGCUUGGAUGAGAGGUUGAUGGUGAUCGAGAAGAGGAUCGAGGGGAUUGCAAGGGAUAAGAGUGGCGAGCGCGAUCGCAUCCAGAGCAGGACCGAGCGGACAAGGUGGUGCACGCGCAGAUGCAGUUGUGGAUUUGUGGAGGGAAGGAGGCGUCUGGAUGCGCAGCGUCGACAUCGCCUGUCUACCUGUAGCCUCAUUGUCGCAGCAAUCGCCCACGUCGUGGGGGGAACGGGACUCUCACGCGACUCCAAACAUGUCCUCGCGUUCUCUGUAUCAUCGAUCUCUCAUCUCCGACCCUACAGUCACA